AUGUAGGAAUCCCAAAGUCAUUAGUUUUGGUUUUUUUUGUUUCCCUUAGAUAAAGAUGAUUAUUCACAAUUGUGAUACUUGUAUUAUUUAUGACUAAGGCGUAAAUAAAAACAAUAAAGAAUUAACGAACGUUUAAGGUUCCAUGAAAGAAACUUACUGUCAUGGAAGAGAGCGCAGAAUUCGAACGAGGCUCUAUAAACGCUAGAAGGUUGCAGUUUGAUGAAGAUGAAGAGGAUGCUAUUAUUCCCAGUUGUAGUGGUGAAGAUUCUAGUCUCAUCCCAUCUGUGGAGAGAAGAGCACAAACAAAUACGGAAAAAGUGGACAUAGGAUCAUUGAAUGUGUUAUCUGCAAGGUUCGAGAGUUUAGAUUAUGAUACUUGUGAGAAUUAUCUGCUAUUAGACGAAGAGCGCAAGAAAGGCUACAAAUUUAUUGUUCACAAAAAUAUAGCCAGAUGGUUUGUGUUUUUGUUGAUUGGAGUAUGUACCGCAUUGAUUGCUUGUGUUGUAGACAUAUCCAUAGAGGAAUUGAGUCAAAUUAAAUACUCCCAUCUUAGUAAAUCUGUGGAUCAUUAUGUCACCCAAGGAAAACUUUACAUACCUUAUUUUUAUUGGGUGAUUUGCAAUGUUGGUCCAGUUCUUGUCGGUUCUUUACUAGUGGCCUAUGUGGAACCAAUCGCUGCUGGCAGCGGAAUUCCUCAGGUAAAAUGCUAUUUAAAUGGCGUUAAGGUGCCGAGGGUGGUAAGAAUCAAGACGCUGCUUGUUAAAAGUAUAGGAGUGAUUUGCUCUGUCGUCGGGGGUUUGGCUGGAGGAAAGGAAGGCCCUAUGAUUCAUUCCGGAGCAGUCAUCGCCGCAGGUUUGUCUCAAGGGAAAAGCACCACUUUCAACAGGGACUUCAAAUUAUUUCAAUAUUUUCGAGAAGACCACGAGAAGCGCGAUUUUGUGUCUGGAGGCGCUGCCGCUGGUGUAGCUGCCGCUUUCGGUGCCCCAAUAGGUGGUGUGUUGUUCUCUUUGGAAGAGGGCGCCAGUUUCUGGAACCAGAGUCUUACAUGGAAAACAUUCUUCGCGUCGAUUAUGUCGACGUUCACUUUAAACUUUGUCUUGUCCGCUUAUCACGGGGCGCCUGGAGAUUUGACCUAUCCGGGCCUUUUAAAUUUGGGCAAAUUCGAGACGUUCAAAUACGAAAUGUUCGAACUUCCGCUGUUUAUCAUCAUGGGUUGCAUUGGCGGCCUCCUGGGGGCGCUGUGGAAUCACAUCAAUUACAAGAUUACCGUGUUCCGAAUGAGGUACGUGCAAGCAAGAUGGCUUAAAGUAAUCGAAGCCUGCAUCGUCGCAGCAGUUAGCGCAACUCUGGGUUUCCUGAUGAUGUUUCUAAUAAACGACUGCCAGCCGCUGGGUCAGGACCCAACAAAGUAUCCCACUCAGAUUUACUGUUUGGACGGACAGAUCAACGUUCCGGCUAGUAUAUGGUUUCAGACGCCCGAGGCUUCGGUGAAGUCGCUGUUCCACGAUCCUCCCAACACCCACAACGCGCUGUCCCUGGCUGUGUUUGUCGUUAUCUACUUUUUCUUAGCUUCGUGGACUUUCGGGCUGUCUUCGUCCAACGGCCUUUUCAUACCCACCCUGCUGACAGGCGCCGCUUGGGGUCGCCUGAUAUCCAUCGGCAUGUUUUAUAUUUAUCCAGAGAACAUCGCACACCCCGGAAAGUACGCUUUGAUCGGAGCAGCUGCUCAACUAGGCGGAGUCGUAAGGAUGACCAUCAGUCUUACCGUUAUACUAAUGGAGUGCACUGGAAAUAUAACGUUUGCGCUGCCCCUCAUCCUGUCGGUAAUUUCUGCCAAAUGGACAGGCGAUUUCUUCAACGAGGGCAUAUAUGACACGUUAAUCCAGCUGUCGGGAGUCCCACUACUUCCGUGGGAACCGCCUCCGUUAGCGCGUAACAUCUACGCUAGUGAGGUUAUGUCGCACCCGGUGGUAACUUUAAAAUGCGUGGAAAACGUCGGCCACAUUGCAGAACUGAUGAAGCUGACGAGCUAUAACGGUUUUCCAGUUGUCGAUCCUCCAUUGUCAGAUGAAGCUGAAGUUAGAACGUACGGUCGUAUACGUGGUCUAAUAUUGAGGUCCCAGCUGUUGGUCAUACUUAAAAGGAAAAUUUUUAAUGAAACUUCGGAAGAUUGGGAGUUUAUGAGUGCCAGCGUGUUCAGAGAAGAAUACCCCAGGUACCCGACAGUGACUGAAGUGUUGCUGACCGAGGAAGAAAAAACUUUUUACGUGGAUUUGAGGCCGUUUAUGAACCCUUCGCCUUACACGGUUUUACAUUCGACAUCAUUGCCUAGAAUGUUUAGACUGUUCAGAGCCCUGGGACUUCGGCAUUUACCUAUUGUAAACGACACAAAUGAGGUCAUUGGCAUGGUAACCAGGAAGGAUUUAGCCCGGUACAGAGUGUGGAAACACCAAGGCCGCUUGGGCGUGGAGGAGUUGCUAAUAUCCAAAGAAAUAUAAUAAAUAAAUCAGUAUUUUGGUUUUCAUGUAAUAUAACAUUCAUCUGUUAAUUAAUCUUAAUGUAAGCAGAUUGUUAUUUUAUUUUAUUAUAAAAAUAGACAAUUAUACAA